GUUAAAUACAAUGCUACAUCCGAAUUACAUUGAACUCUUUAUACAUUCUUCUUUAGUCUUCUAAGAUCCGGAGAAAAAUGGCUCAACAUUACCACUUAUCCUCCCUCUUACUACUUGCAUUUCUCAAUUUAUUCUUCAUUCAUGGCAGCAUACCUGGUGCAGCUGCACGCCACCUUCUAGAGGCACCCCUCCCUGAGAUACCUAAACCAGAACUCCCAAAAAUCCCAGCCUAUCCAAAACCUGAAAUCCCCAGUGUGCCUAAGCCUGAAAUCCCAGAACUACCAAAGCCAAAAGUCCCAGAGAUUCCAAAGCCAGAAAUUCCAGCUAUGCCAAAGCCUGAAAUCCUAGAACAACCAAAGCCAAAAGUCCCAGAGAUUCCAAAGUCAGAAGUCCCAGCUAUGCCAAAGCCUGAAAUCCCAGAACAACCAAAGCCAAAAGUCUCGGAGCUACCAAAGCUAAAAGUUCCAACUAUGCCAAAGCCUGAAGUACCAGCUACACCAAAGCCUGAAGUCCCAACUAUGCCAAAGCCUGAAAUCCCAGAACUACCAAAGCCAAAAGUCCCAACUAUGCCAAAGCCUGAAAUUCCAGAACUACCAAAGCCAAAAGUCUCAGAGCUUCCAAAGCUAAAAGUCCCAACUGUGCCUAAGCCUGAAGUACCAGCUACGCCAAAGCCUGAAAUCCCAACUAUGCCAAAGCAUGAAAUCCCAGAACUACCAAAGCCAAAAGUCCCAGAGCUUCCAAAGCCAGAAGUCCCAGCUAUGCCAAAGCCUGAAAUCCCAGCAUUACCAAAGCCAAAAGUCCCGGAGCUUCCAAAGCUAAAAGUCCCAACUAUGCCAAAGCCUGAAGUACCAGCUACACCAAAGCCUGAAGUCCCAACUAUGCCAAAGCCUGAUAUCCCAGAACUACCAAAGCCAAAAGUCCCAGAGCUUCAAAAGCCAGAAGUCCCAGCUACGCCAAAACCUGAAACGCCAGAACUACCAAAGCCAAAAGUCCCGGAGCUUCCAAAACUAAAAGUCCCAACUGUGCCAAAAACUGAAGUACCAGCUACACCUCAAAUCCCAACUAUGCCGAAGCCUGAAAUCCCAGAAAUUCCAAAGCCAGAAGUCCCAGCUAUGCCAAAACCUGAAAUCCCAGAACUACCAAAGCCAAAAGUCCCGGAACUUCCAAAGCUUGAAGUCCCAGCUAUGCCAAAGCCUGAGGUCCCAACUAUGCCAAAGCCUGAAAUCCCAGAACUACCAAAGCACAAAGUCCCAGAGCUUCCAAAGCAAGAAGUCCGCCUAUGCCAAAGCCUGAAAUCCCAGAACUACCAAAGCCAAAAGUCCCGGAGCUUCCAAAGCUAAAAGUCCCAGCUAUGCCAAAGCCUGAAAUUCCGGAACUGCCUAAACCAACUCUUCCUUCACUUUCUCCACCAUACAAACCAGCUACUCCUUGAGUGAAUUAUAUGCUACUGUCUUCUAUUAGAAAGUACCAACUGAUGGUUUGAGAUUUCCAUCUCAGUCUAUGAAGUUUGCGGCAUGGGCCAUCCUGACAUGGAGAUAGUUUGGCACACAUAUUGGAUACUUUCUGCUAGGAGUAGAAAUAGUAAUUCUUUUAUUAUAGUAUUUGAAUUGGAUGUACCAUGUUUUACGUGUGAUUAUACUAUAUGAGUGUUUUAUGUACUCUCUAUACACUGUAAUAAAGCUAUGAUCUAUGUUAUUUUGGUUUAGUUCCUGUCA